ACGCUAGGUACCUUGACGGAUCCAUACUCCAUGCAGUGCAGUGAGUGGUUGAGUACCGUGCACUUGCGUCUCUCCUUGCUGCCAGCCAUGAUCAUCCCAUCCGCCCCAGUUCCCGAGUAUUUAUUCCUCUUGUCGCUUUCGUAGUCAAACGCCGUCUUACCGCCUCAUAUUCAUUCUCCGUUCGCCUACCCGUCGUUUUUGACAAGUGCCGUCUCUGUGUCCGUCCCUGGCCACCCGACACAUAGAGACUAUAUACCCCAUAUACCUACCAGGCAAACCGUAAUACCUACCUACUUCUACGUGCCUGAAGUGUCUACCAUCAGCCCACGCAUCAACAAACAUGUCGGCUCAGCAAUACUACCAACAAGGCCCCCCUCCUCAAGGAUAUGGACCGCCGCCUCAUCAGGAAGGAUAUCCCCAAUACCCUCAGCAGUCUUAUGGUCAGCCUCCCCCACAAGGGUACUACCCUCCGCAAGGUCAAAUGCAAUAUCAACAACAGCCUCCUCCUCAGCAGAGCGGUGGUGGGGACGGAUGCUUCAAAGGGUGCAUGGCGGCUCUCUGUUGCUGCUUCGUGGGCGCCGAAUGCUGCGAAUGCUGCGCUGACUGCUGCGAAUGCUGCGCCGAGUGCUGUUGAUAUAGUGAGGAUAAGCAUUACGAUCUCGAUGGUUGAAGGUGGAUGUUGAUGGAUCUGAACACAAGCCUCUGAAAAUUAUUCUUGGAGCAACACGGGCGCAAUGCAUGCGGAACCCCAUACACAUGCGCACAAUAUAGGCACGCUAGUACACGAGAUAGAUGGCCGCAAGCUUGGUCAGCUGGAAUGGCAAAGGCAAAUGCAAUGAGCUGUCUGUUAAUAGACGGCAGCAACCUCGUUUGAUAGUCAAUCUCAUCUCUAGUUAGGAAAAGGGUUAAGGGGCGUUGUGGAUAUGUGCACACAUGGUAAUGAUUAGCGAUCACCUAGUCUCUAAACAGACCCCCUCUGCCUCCGUACCUCCGCCCCACAUAAAAUGCGGGUCUCCUCGAACUCUGUGAGAGGAGGUCUGUGUUAAUUUUGAGCAUUUCGGCAGUUAAGCGCAGUAAAUCCUAUAUAAAUGAAGGAUUUUACUUUCCAUAUAUUUCCUUUUAAUCAAAUAAGAAAAAAUAUUAUAAUUUAAAA